GUUCCAAGUUUCAGUGCCUGUUGGAUAGCAGCCCCCUGAACAGUGUAGUUGGAAGCCAAAAACAUGCUCGCGAAACAAUAAAAGUUUAAUUAACUGGUUUUUCUAAUAAAAGAAAUAUUGAGUGACUAUUUUCAUUAAAAAAGCGUCAAAGCAAUAAUUUAAUCAACAAUUUCGAGUUUAUUAUUUUUUUUGUUGUUGUUUAAAUAAGAAAUUUCAAGAGAGUGUACCUAUCAAAGACCAUUGAGUGUUAUUUCCCACUUGAAUCUUAUACAACUGAGACUGAGUACUCAAUACUAAGAAUAAAGUCCAAUUUUCCACUUCAUUCCUCAAAAAAAAAAAAAAAAACACCUACCUAAAAAGAAAAAUUCACAAUGAACAAGAAGAACUCGAAUUGCAAUCGAACAGAUAUUGCUGAUGAUGAAAGAGGUAUCGUCGUCGAUGAUGAUGAGGUUGGGGCUUCUGGUGACAAUAUAGACAAUGACGUUGCUGUUAAGGCUGACAACUCCAACUUGGCUGAUGAUGAAAAUAUUACAAAGCACUCAAAUGGAAAUGAGGCACUCGAUAGUGAAGAGUUGGAGGUUUUACUUAAGAGCAGCCAACAAAAACAACAACAACGAGAAGACUCUCGCGAUAAUUUUCAAAAGCAAUCGAACAAGUCACUGUCGCAAGAACAACAGGAUAAUAAUAGCAGUAGCAGCGACACUGAGCUGACAACAUACAAUCCUCAGAAACGGCAUCAAAAGUCGAGCUUCCAAUUAGAUUCUGAGAAGAAGACUCGAGGCCAUCAGGUGCUAAAAAAAACAACAACAACAACAACAAAACCAACCACAAUGAACACUACCAACAACAACAACAACAAUAAUGAAAACCGAAAGCAGUUCACCGAUCCGAAUGACAGAACAACAGCGUCUUUGACUUCGCCUUCAUUAAAUUUAACAUCGCACCAUCUUCAGCAGAGCCAUCAUCAUCACCAAGUUCAGAUCCAGCAAAACCAUCACCAGGACCGCGAAGAGUACAAAGGACCAAAGAUAUGGAUGAACUUUCUCAGAAACUGGCCAAUUAUUUCACAGCCCUUGGCAGUACUGAUUAUAUUUCUGCUCCUUUGGAUAAUGGGAUACGCUCAAGCACCCAAGUAUGCAAUGCCAGAGACGGUAAUUAUGAGGAUUGCAUUUUUGUUUGUUGGUGCACAGAUCUCAGGGAUUCUGGUGACAUUUAUGCGUUUGCCCGAUAUGCUGGGAAUGUUGUUCUUCGGUGUGCUCUAUACGAAUUUGGGACUAGCAGAUUUUAGUGGAUAUGGAGCAUUGGAAUUAUUUUUAAGAGAAUUGGCUCUGAUAACUUUAAUGUUGUUAGCUGGAUUAGGAUUAGAUGGUUCGGCAUUCAAGAAACUUUGGGUCAUAAUUAUGAAGCUUACAUUGAUACCAACUGUAAUUGAGGUUGCAGUUCUUUGUAUUCUUGCCCAUUUUCUAUUGGACACACCUUGGCUAUGGGGAAUUUUGAUGGGCCUCGUUAUCACAGCUGUCUCACCCAAUGUGGUUGUCACCGUUAUGCUCAAACUUAAGGAACAAAAACUUGGCCUCAACAAUGGCAUCCACACAUUAAUCUAUGCGACGACAACUUGCAACGAUGUUGUGGCGAUAUUUACUUUUGGGGUAAUUUUGGGUGUCAUCUUCAAUCCGGGCAAAUUAUCAGAUCAGCUGCUACAAGGACCUGUUGGUAUUAUUCUUGGAAUUGUUUAUGGUUAUGUUUUUGGACUGAUUUUGGUCUAUUUCCCAUCGAAAAAUUCGAAAUAUGUAAAUGGACUGAGAUUCACGAUGACAGUUUUGGGUGGUUGUGUAUCUGUAAUGGGCAGCAGAGCAAUGGGAUAUCCUUCGGCUGGUGCCUUGGGCUGUGUAACUGUAACGUUUGUAGCCGGAACUCUUUGGAGGAAACAACAAAAAGGAAAUGAAAAUCCAAGUGUUACAAAUCGCUUGGAUUUGCUAUGGAAAUUCCUCAAACCAGUAUCGUUCUCACUUAUUGGAAAGGAAAUUAAUUUUUCUGUUUUGGAUGGCAAAACUGUUGGAUAUGGUCUUAUUGUGAUUGCGUUUGGAUGUGCGUUUCGCCUUGCUGCUUCUUAUUAUUCGACUAAAGGUGCUAGUUUGUCAACGAAAGAACGAGCAUACAUCACAAUUUGUGGUUUUCCAAAGGCAACAGUUCAAGCAGCCCUCGGUCCUAUCGCACUAGAUAUGGCCAGACAAUUAAAUGCGGGACAAGAAAUCCUUUCGCUAGCUAGCAAUAUCCUUGUCAUUUCUGUAAUCGCAAUUAUAUUCACAGCACCACUAGGCGCUAUCUUAAUGAUACAAUUAGCCCCGCGCUGGCUUAAACAUGAUGAUGAUGAUGAUGGUACUAGUGACAGGGGAGAUGGUGCUGAAGGAGCAGCCGAAUUGGACAGAAUGCCCGCGCAAUCACCAGAUAACAUCGCCAUAAUCACAGUUGGAGAUAAUAGAAUCCUGACGGAUUCUGCUCAUUCCAACAAUGGAUUCGACCAUGGCAACAGUGGCAGAUAAUGUCUUGUGUUUUGUAUUGGGUUAGGUAAAGGAGAAGGCUCCUCUCCCUGUGAUGUUGUUGUGAAUGCCAUGAAGCCUAAUUAAGUACUUAGAAUGACAAAAUGGAGCAAAGGACAUCUUCGCUGAAGGGAAGUUAGGGAGAGGAUGUCAUAUUUUAUGUUGAAAAAAAGUCUCUUUUUUUUUGUUGAAGGAAAACAUUUUUAAUACUUAAAGAAAGCUUUAACUUUUUUUAGAUACAAUUUUUUUUUUUUCUUAUGUUAACCAAGUAUAAAAUUAUUUUAAAUUUUGUUUUUGAAAUUGUUAUGUAUAAAUGUACUUAAGCAUGUUAUGUCUUUAGCUUUUAUUUCGUCGUGUCGUCCAGAUCGUCAUCGUUAUGAUAUAAUACUUAAUUUAUGUAAGAAAAAAAAAAAAUUUACAACUUUUGUUAACAAUCUGUCUUUUUUCUAAGAGGGACAGUGGAUAAAGUAAAAUAAAAAAAAAAAAAAAGUAAAAGUCAUAAAAUAAGCUGUAACAAAGGAUAUUUACAUUUAAAUCAGUGCGA